AACGUAAAAAAGAAGCCGCUCGUUGCAUUUACGCCUCGCUGGCUUCCAAAAGAGAAAGCCAACUCGAUCGGAUCUUUCGCAAGGACCACUAAAAACGCUAAAACGCUCGUUGUCCACCAUGGGCAAGAAAAGCAAACGAACCAAGGCGAAGGCCAACACACGCACUACAGCACCCUUGGAAGACCUGAUACUGGAAUGUCCAGAGAACGGGUGGAUUCAGGAAUUAUCAGAUGCCAAGAAGGUGGCAAAGGAAACCCCAACGGGCAAGAAUUCCUUGCGGAUGGCGAUGGCCGCCUGCAAAGUCCGACAAUGGGAUUCUUGCUUAGCAGCAGCCAAAUUUGGGCUGAGUCUGUUGGAGCCUAAUGAUGAUGAAACAAAGAAGCAAUUGCUGCUUUAUCAAAAAUGGAGCAACGAAGAACUUGCGAAGGAGUCCCAGUCCAUGAAACACCAGCGAAACACGAGGGAUCUUAUCAAGGAGAUUAAGAAGGAAGACGUUGCUAUUGAUUACAUUCAGACAGAGUAUGAAACGUUUGACAAUUUGAACUUAUUGCAGUAUUCGGGUAUUUUGGGAGAUGUGGCUCUUCUAGAAGAGUUAGUGGCCCUUGGGGCAGCGAUUGAUUUUCCCGUGCUGACCCGAAGUACCGGUACCGGUACGGCACCUGCCACGAUGGGUUCAGCACCUGAAGGUACCACCGCUUUGACCCUCCUUUGUGCCACGCUUGCAGUGGGGGCUCGAGUGAAAAAGCUGCCCGGUGGGAAAUCCGCUAAACUGCAAAAGGUACAUCAAGGAAUCCUCCAAUGCGCGAUGAUAUUGGUCAAGAGUGGUGCCAAUUGUUCCCUGGUUUUUGGGAAGCCCGAUCGUCCUCCCGCGGCUAGUGCUGACCCAUAUCACUUUGCCAAACUCUAUGGAAAGUCAGCCCAAGAACUGGCCAAAAUAUCUGGGAACCGAGAUCUCAUCCAGGCAAUGAAAGAGUUCGAGGACAAGGAGCACAAGAUUGCAAAUGCGUUUUGCCGUUGCGGGAGUCGGUUGCCCUGGAAACAGUGCCACGCAGGAGACAAGCUUGGACAGUCACCAAUUUAUUUUGAUGGCGAUGAUGGAACUACUGUUUACUUCCGGUACUCACCACUGGCACCAUGCUGCUGCAAAAGUGGCAAGACUUAUUGGAAGUGUUGCUGGGUGAAGUCUUCCAACCCAAAAUACCAAGAUGACGCAACUGGUGAGCUGACAGGCGAUAGAGCUACUCGCGAUCAAGCAGUGAUUCAGAGUUUGAUGAACCAGAUACAGGUAAAUGCUGAUGGAACGACAACGAUGUUUCCAGCGUUUGAGGGCAUGUCCGGGGAUGAGAUUCGUGAUUCGUCAGCCAGCUUCAUUCGCUCAUCUGGGCUGUCUAAAGUUGCUGAGGGUGCAAACCCAAAGAGUAAAAUCAUGACUUGGGAUCCAGAAGUUUAUGCUGGCUGUAUGGAGCGUCUUGAUGAAUUUUUCUACUGGAAUGAUAUCCAUUGGCAGUUGGACAAGGGGGAAUUGCUGAAACGAGUGAAGGAGUGGAACCAUGCCCUGAAUCAAUACUGUGACGAUAAGGGGCUCCAAGGAAGGCAGCGUGAACAAAUAGUUCAGUGCCAUUCUGCCAGUCCCUAUGCUCCAUGCGCCAACCCAGAAUGUACAGCUUUUGAGUCAAGAGCAAAGGAGUUUGGGUGCUGCCCGAAAUGCAAAUCUGUGUCCUAUUGCUCACACAAUUGUCAAAAGUCAGCCUGGCGAGAACACAAGAAACAAUGCUUGAAUCGGUAAAAGACUAGCUAGCAGAACCAAGACCCAUCAAAAGCAUUCAUUCAAGCUACGGCACAUCUGGCCGUAACGCAACCUUACCAAAGUCCAACAAAGUUGGGCCAAAGCUUUGGAUUUUGGAUGGGUUGAUGAAGAAUCGAAUCUUUGAGCAAACCGUCAAUUACAGUACACAGCAGUGCGCUUCCGCAGGCUAGAGUGACAACCUUCGCGGCAAAAGUUGCGUCAGCGCGCCUCCGCACCGUGAGGGUUCGCGGUUUUGCCCGCCUGAUCUUCAUCCGCUCUUGGAGCACCGUGAAAUCCACUCAAAUAU